UGAUUUGUUUGAACUAGAAGGUUGUUAUCUACAUCGAACACGUACACGAUCCGAGCCCCGGAGCUUCUCGAAGACUCACCAUCAUGCCUCCCAGAUUAAAUAUUCCACCCAUAACGCGCAUCCUUCUCAUCGUCCUCCUCGCGCAAUCCCUUUUGAGCUUCGCCUUGCGAUACAGACAAUGGUCGGAGGAGUCUGAUAUUGUGGUUCCGUACCUUGCGCUGGUACCACAGUUGUCACUCAUUUAUCCUUGGACUUUUCUUACAACGACGCUGGUGGAGAAUAAUGUGUUUACGCUGGGCAUAGCGGGAGUUACAAUUUUCUAUGGAGGGAGGUAUCUGGAGAGGGCCUGGACCUCAGCGGAGUUCGCAAAGUUCCUACUCGUUGCGGCUUUGAUACCCAAUAUUCUUUGCUUUGGAACUUUGGUAACGCUUUUCGCGGUGACGGGUGAUAUGCGCUGGACUUUGACUUCCAUUAAUGGCACUAUCCCUCUACAGAUUUCGUUUCUAGUCGCCUUCUCUCAGUUAGUACCUGCGCAUACUGUUACUCUAUUCCGCGGCAUCAUAUCUCUUCGAGUCCCAAGGUUUCCGCUCCUCCAUAUUCUCGGAGUCUUCCUCCUGUCUCUCACUCCUUUGCUGAGUGCAGCAUCUUUCAUAUUGGCAGCAACCGGCUUCCUCACAAGCUGGACCUACCUGCGAUUCUACAAGCCAGCGUUUCCAGACCUCGAUGCAAACCAAUCUCCUUCUUUGCGCGGCGAUCCUAGCGAGUCGUUCGCAUUCGCAGAGUUCUUCCCUGAUCCAGCCAAGCCCCUCGUGGCUUCGAUCUCGGCCCAGAUAUACAAUAUCUUAGUCUCAGUACGGAUAUGUACACCAUUCUCUGCAGCAGACGUAUCAGCGUCUCGGGGCGACACAUUCGUACAACGAGGCACUCCAGGUAGUGCCCGGCAAGAAGCAGAGCGGAGGAGGGCAUUGGCAUUGAAAGAACUAGAUCAGCGAUUGAACGCAGCGACUUCGAAACCGAAACCGCAAGCGCCUCCUCCUGUCCAGCCAGGACCAAGUGUGCAGAUCCAACCACAGCCAAAUGUGCAGACGCCCGCUGCUAUGCUGGGAGAGACGACUUAUGUCCCGGACAGAGAAGACGGGAAGGACGGGCAUUGAUGGAAUGGUGAAUAAUAUACUCUGGGUGUCUUGGAGUGAAGGACAGUGAUCGGUGUAAAGCGUUGUAAAUCCUUGUAUAUCAGAUGCCUAUGAUACCCCAACGCGUCACGCUCAGUAUUGUGACGCAAACUGUCCAGGAUUUCCGAGCAGUUUAGGCAAUUUAGCCAUGGGAAAUUGGGAUACAGGUUUGAAAUGUUCUGGGGAUGUGCUCAAGGCGCCUUUUUGGAGUAAUAUUGGCAUAUGAGAUACGCUGCAAAUGCGGCGAAUAAAACAUUGUAGAAGUCCCUGAACUGCCUCUUAGGCUCGCUUUGUAGCGUUCGUUGCUGGCGCUGGGGGCCCUCUGAAUUAGUGAUUGAGCCCUGAAAGUCUAGCGUUCCGUGGCUGGGGCGGAAGUGCAGGGGCCUGCGCUGCAAGAUAGCUCCAGACUCGUUGA